UCCCGGGGAGCAGCUGCUGCCGCCGCCGAAGCCGAAGCCGAAGCCGCUGCCGCCGCCGCCGCCGCCGCCGCCGCCGUUCAGCGACCUCCGCGUUCGGGAGUAGAAUUCGGAAUCCCUGCGCCUGGCUAACAAUGAAGCAGAGUUCCAACGUGCCGGCUUUUCUCAGCAAGCUGUGGACGCUGGUGGAGGAAACCCACACCAAUGAGUUCAUCACCUGGAGCCAGAAUGGGCAAAGUUUUCUGGUCUUGGAUGAGCAGAGAUUUGCAAAAGAAAUUCUUCCCAAGUACUUCAAACACAAUAACAUGGCCAGCUUUGUGAGACAACUAAAUAUGUAUGGCUUCCGUAAAGUGGUACAUAUCGACUCUGGAAUUAUAAAACAGGAAAGAGAUGGCCCUGUUGAAUUUCAGCAUCCUUACUUCAAACAAGGCCAGGAUGACUUGUUGGAGAACAUUAAAAGGAAGGUUUCAUCUUCAAAACCAGAGGAAAAUAAAAUUCGUCAGGAAGAUUUAACAAAAAUUAUAAGUAGUGCUCAGAAGGUUCAAAUAAAACAAGAAACUAUUGAGUCCAGGCUUUCAGAAUUAAAAAGUGAAAACGAGUCCCUUUGGAAGGAGGUGUCAGAAUUAAGAGCAAAGCACGCACAGCAGCAGCAAGUUAUUAGGAAGAUUGUCCAGUUUAUUGUUACAUUGGUUCAGAAUAAUCAGCUUGUGAGCUUAAAACGUAAAAGGCCUCUACUUCUAAACACUAAUGGAGCUCAAAAGAAGAAUCUAUUUCAGCACAUAGUCAAAGAACCAACUGAUAAUCACCAUCAUAAAGUUCCACAUAGUAGGACUGAAGGUUUAAAGUCAAGAGAGCGGAUUUCAGAUGACAUAAUUAUUUAUGAUGUUACUGAUGAUAAUGCGGAUGAAGAAAAUAUUCCAGUUAUUCCAGAAACUAAUGAGGAUGUUAUAUCUGAUCCCUCCAACUGUAGCCAGUAUCCUGAUAUUGUGAUUGUUGAAGAUGACAAUGAAGAUGAGUAUGCUCCUGUCAUUCAGAGUGGAGAUCAGAACGAACUAGCCAGAGAGUCGUUCAGUUUGGGAACCGCUGGCAGCAGCCCUGUUAUGUCUGGUGCUGUCCAGCUAAAUGGCUCAUCCGGUCUGCCCUCCGAAGAUCCUGUGACCAUGAUGGAUUCCAUUUUGAAUGAUAACAUUAACCUUUUGGGAAAGGUUGAGCUGUUGGAUUAUCUUGACAGCAUUGAUUGCAGUUUAGAGGACUUCCAAGCUAUGCUUUCAGGAAGACAGUUUAGCAUAGACCCAGAUCUUCUGGUUGAUCUUUUCACUAGUUCUGUGCAGAUGAAUCCCACAGAUUACAUCAAUAAUACAAAAUCUGAGAAUAAGGGAUUAGAGGCUACUAAGAGCAGUGUCAUUCAACAAGUUUCAGAAGAGGGAAGAAAAUCCAAGUCCAAACCAGAUAAACAACUUAUCCAGUAUACUGCCUUUCCACUUCUUGCACUCCUCGAUGGAAACCCUGCUUCUGCUCUUGAACAGGGGAGUACAACAGCAUCAUCAGAAGUUAUACCCUCUACAAAUAAACCUGUAGAAGUUGAUGAGCUUCUGGCUAGCAACCUGGACCCAGAACCAACCCAAAGUAAGCUUGUUCGCCUGGAACCGUUGACUGAAGCUGAAGCUAGUGAAGCCACACUGUUUUAUUUAUGUGAACUUGCUCCUGCACCUCUGGAUAGUGAAAUGCCACUUUUAGAUAGUUAAAACCCACAAAUGGACACUAUGUAUAUAUUCAUCAAAAUGAUGAAGUAUUUAUUUUAAAGUAUCAUUUGGUACUUUGUUUUGUAAAUUACUUUUUGUUUAAUCAGAUACUGUGGAAUAAAAGCACCUUUUGCUUUUCUCACUAACCACACUCUUGCAAAGCUUUCAGAUGUUACUCGGCUGCCUAGGUAUAUAAAUUUUAAUGCACAUUAUUGGAAUAUCUUAAGUUGAAUUCAAAUGACCAUUUUCUCAAGUUGUAGUAAUUUGAAUUUUUUUAUAUACAAAUAUGACCAUUUAAUCCCAGUUGAACUUGUUUAUUUGCAAUUGAGUUUAAGUUUUUAGAACUAAAGAUAGAAAACUCUGUUCUAGUUAGUUUUAUUAAAGUAUUUUUGACUUGGUUUAUUUGUAAAACUGGGAACAUAAAGUGCCUGUAUCUUGUAAUAUUUCAAGUCUUUCUUGGUUCAGAGAAAUUCUUUUAUGUUCAGAGAAAUGUGUUAGUAACAGAAAAGGCAAAGUGUGCACGAGUAAUCUCUGAAGGGGUUCCAGCUCCACAUAUGUGAAAGAACGUGGAGACAGGUGGUUGCAGUUAAACCCGUCCACUUAGACUAGCUCAAGUAUGUUUUUGGGUUUGUUCUUUUGAACCAUGGUAUUUAGUAAAUAAAUAUGACGAAUGUUGA